AUGACGAACCAUAUAUUUAAUAAAAAUAAUGAGAAAAUUAGCAAAGGUUUAAAACAUGAAUCAUAUUACAACAAAACCAGACUUAUAAUUAAAAAUAUACCAAAAUAUAUGAAUGAAAUAGAUUUAAAAAAACAUUUUUUUAAGAUGAAAGGUAACUAUGAAUUUAAAAUAACUGAUAUAAAAAUUAUGAAAAGAAAAAAAAUUAUAAAUGGUAAAGAACUAUAUGAAUCAAGAAAAAUUUGUUUUAUUGGAUUUAUUAAUAAUGAGGAUUGUGAGAAUUUUAAAAAAUCUUUUAAUAAUACAUAUAUAAAUACAAGUAAAAUAACAAUAGAAGAUGCAUUUUCUCCAAUUAUAUCGGAAAAUGUAAAACAGAAAAAAACAUAUGAUUUAAAAAAAAAAGAAGAAAUAAACAAAAUUAAUGGGAAAAAAUCUGUAAAAAUUAUUAAAAACGAAAAUUUUAUAAAUAAAUUGAUUCCAAUUAAAAAAACCAAAGCUGGAAUGAAUACCACAAGAAGUCAUAUCAUAUAUUUAGAUGAUGAAACUGAUAUAAAUAAGAGUGCAAAACCAAAUAAUUCUAAAAAAAAAAAAAAUACUGUUAUAGAAAAAAUAAAUAAAGAAAACAAUGAAAAUAUAGAAGAUUCAAAAAAAAAUAUUAAAAACAACAUAGAAAACAAUAAAGAAAAUGCUGAAGAUAAUGCCUUAGAAUGGUUAAAAAAAAUUUCCAAAAACAAUGAAAAUGAUAAAAAUGUAGAAGAAAAAAAAAAUUUAAACGAAGAAGAAAUAAUUAAAGAAGAUAAUAAUCAAUUAAAUAACUUAAAUGGAGAUAAAAAUGCGGAUAAUACUUCUAGUAUUAAAAACGAUGAAUGUGAAAAUAUGAAUACAGGAAAAAUAAUUAUAUUUAACUUACCACCCACAAAUGAACAUGAUAUAAAAGAUUUAUGUGAAAAAUAUGGACCUGUUGUAGAUGUGAAAAUUUAUAAAAAUAUUAAAAAGGGUAAAUUUGAAAUAAAUUUGAAUGAAACUAAUAAAUCAAAUGAAGAUUUUUUUUUUAAAUUAUUAAAAAACAGUGAAGACAAUUCAAAAGAAAAAGAAAAAAAAAAGAAAGAAAAUAACAGUAAUAAUAAUAAUUGCAGUAGUUUAAAAAAAAAAAAUGACACAGAAGAAAAUAAAAAUGAUGAAAAAGGUGAAAAUAUAGUAGGUAAUAAAUAUAUAAUAGAAAAUGAUCUUACUAAUAUAAAGGUGUAUGCUUUUGUGAGUUUUAUGUUUCCAAGUGCAUGUGAGAAAGCUAAAGAAAACUUAAAUAAUGCAAUAUAUAAAGGGAAAAUUUUAUAUGUUAAAUAUGCAAAAGAAAAAUUAGGAGAUUUUGAAAUUUCUGAAAAAAGUAAAAAUAAUAUAAUUAUUAAAUUAUCGAAUGACUCUAAAAGUUCAUAUAAGAAAAUCUUAGAAAUACAGAGAAAGAGAAAUUGUCAAAACGAAAAUAUAUGGAAUAUUUUAUAUACAGAUAUAAAUUCUAAUAUUUACAAUUUUUGUAAAGAAAACAAAUGUAGCCGUGAAUCAUUAUUAAACAUAAAAGAUAAAAAUAUUGCAGUUAAUGUCUCUUUAACAGAAACAUACAUAAUUAAUAAAAUGAAAGAAUGGAUAAAAAAAGAAGGUAUUUAUUUAGAGGCUUUUGAGAAAAUUUACAAAAAAAAUGAAGAAAGAGAAGAAAGAGAAGAAAAAGAAAAUAAUCAAAUAAAAGAAAAAAAAGAAAAUAACGAGAUAAUAGAAAAAGAGGAAUAUCAAAAUGAUAAUUCUUAUAAUACAGAAAAAUUUAUAAAAUAUAAAAGAAGUAAUGACAUUAUAAUAAUUAAAAAUUUAUCUAUGAAUACAAAUCAAAAUGAUAUAAUUAACUUAUUUAAGAAAUAUGGAACUCUAAAAAAAGUUAGUUUUUCUCCAUAUAAUAAUUUAGCCAUAAUUCAAUUUGAAAAUCCAGAAAAUGCAAAAAAAGCUUUUAUAUCUAAUUCUUAUAUAAGAUAUAAAAAAUUACCCUUGUAUUUAGAAUGGGCUCCAAUUAAUUUGUAUGAAAAAAAAAUAGAGGAAAAUGAUAUGGAAAAAAAUAAUUCUAAUAGUAAUGAUCCAAAAAAAAAAGAUAUUGAUCCUGUUUUAAAUAAUACAAAUGAAAUUAAAAAAAAUGAAGAUGAAAUACUAGAGAACGAAACUAGUGAUGAAGAAAUUACUCAUGCUAGUAUAUAUAUAAAAAAUAUUAAUUUUAAUACAAAAGAAGAAGAUUUAAAAAAUUUAUUCAAAAAUUUAGAAGGUUUUUUAACUUGUAAUAUUGUUAAAAGUAAAAAAGUUAUAUCACAAAAAGAAUAUGAAAAAAAUAACUCAGUAGAACCUAAAUACCUUUCAUUAGGAUAUGGAUUUGCAGAAUUUAAAAGCAAAGAAUUUGCUAUUGAAGCAAUUAAAAAAUUAACAGGAACUUCUUUAGAUGAUCACAUAUUAGAAUUGAGUUUAUCUCACAAUAGAGUAAAGAAAAAAAUGAACAAAAAAGAUGAAGAAAAAAAAAUAAUUAAAGAACAAAAAAAAAUAAGUAAAAAAUUAGUUGUUAAAAACUUAGCUUUUCAAGUAACUAAAGAAGAAUUGAGAAAAUUAUUUUCAGCUUUUGGAAAUGUAAAAAGUGUUAGAAUUCCUAAAAAUGCUUAUAAUAGAAGUAGAGGGUAUGCAUUUAUUGAAUUUAUGUCAAAAAAUGAAUGUUUAAGUGCAAUAGAUUCUUUACAACACACACAUCUAUAUGGUAGGCAUCUUAUCAUUGAUUUUGCAAAUGAUUUUAUAUUUGAAAAAGAUAUGGAUGAAUUUGAUAGAUUAAAGGAAAAUAAUAAUAAAAAUAAUGAAAAUUCUAUAACAUCAGAACAAGCCAAAAGAAAAGCUGUCUACGAAUCAAAAAAAAAUAAUGAAAUAAGUGAAUCAAAAAAAAGAAAAGCGUUGAAUAAUUUAAAAAAUAUUUAA